AUCGUUAUCUUUUCAGUGUGACAUCAACAUCGACCGUAACCAUUAACUACGAUAGUCCAUAACGAUUUUCCUAGUUUCAUCUAGAAAGAAUGAGGAGGGGUGCGUUGAUUGUUUUUGAGGGUUGUGAUCGUGCGGGCAAGUCAACACAAUGUCGGAAGCUUGUCGAGGCACUGCAGGCGAAAGGAAAAGCAGCUGAGGCCAUGCGGUUUCCAGACAGAACCACGGUAAUUGGCAAGACAAUUGGUUCCUACCUGGAGAAGAAGAUGGAAAUGCAAGACAAUGCAGUUCACCUGCUGUUCUCUGCUAAUCGAUGGGAGCUCGUGCCAUAUAUGCAGAAGCUACUGAAUCAAGGAACAACGCUGGUAGUUGACAGAUAUGCAUAUUCUGGGGUUGCGUUCACAGCAGCAAAACAAGGUUUCGAUCUGCAUUGGUGCAAACAGCCCGAUGUGGGCCUCCCCAAGCCGGACCUCGUCUUCUUUCUCGACAUUAACCUGGAGGAGGCGGAGCAACGGGACGAUUUUGGAGAAGAGCGUUACGAAAGUACACUGUUCCAGAAAAAAGUCAAAGACAACUACGACCAACUAAAGGAAAGCACAUGGGAGUUUCUUGAUGCAAGUCAAAGCAUUGAGGACAUCCAUUGUUCAGCCCUGGACAUUGCUGAGGACAUUGUCGAUGGUGAAUUAUGUACUCCCAUGGAAAAGCUGUGGAUUUGAACUCUUCAAAAUGGGUGUAUUUAUGUACUUGCAGUUGUAUAAAGUCAAUUAUUAGAAGUUUAAAACUCAAAAUAUUAUAACAAGACAAGGCAAGUAUAGUAUUGCUGGUCCUGGACCCAUUUGGUCUAAAGGGGUCAGGUCGGAUCAUCUGAGUCACCCAAAAUGAGGCUUAUGAAAGUCUAAGUCAGAAGUGACAGGGAGUCAGUCAGUCAGUCAGUUAGCAAAAUAGGUACAAAGAUGGGGGGGGGAUGUCUGACGUC